UUUUUUUUGUAAUAAUCUCUCUCUUCACACCCUUUUCUUUCUUUUUCCUUUUUCUUUUUCCACGAAUAAGGUCGAUAAGAAAAUAUAUAAUAACAGUAAUAAUAAUAAAAGAAAAAGAGAGAUUGUCAGUCUCGGUUAUAUCGAAGAAACAUCACCAGUCAACAAAAAUCGCCUCACUUUUUCUGAAAUUCAAGUCAACAAAUGGCUCCUCCCAAAGUAUCCACAGCCAUAGUUGGUGGCUCUAAUGGACGUACACCAUCGCAACUUCACUUUAAGGAAUCCCCUACUACACCCUCCUUAUCCUCCUCAUCAACCACCUCAUCCUCAUCCUCAUCCUCAUCCUCAUCAUUAUCAAUAACUACAAUGACAGCACCAGUACCAGCAACAACAACAACAAACACAUCCUCCAGGAAGAGGCCAUAUGCUGGUCCCGAGAAAAAGGGGAAAAGAGUCGGUGGAGAAGGGGCAGAGCCAGGAGAGAAGAAACCUCAAGUGAGCUCUUGUGAUUCCUGUAAAGAAGGUCACCGAAAGUGCAAUGGUCUGGAACCCUGUACAUCGUGCAAAGAGGCAUCGAUAGCAUGUACUUAUGACAAGUUAAGCGCUGCCAAGAGAAGAAUCCACGAUGAAUAUGUGAUCAAAAAAAGACUAGAACUUAAUCAACAUCUCAAGAGCCCAGACAUUAUCGUAGCCAGAAUGGGCGAACUUGAUAUCGGAGGUACUAACAGUAACUUUGGUCCCAUUUUUUCUCAAGUCAUCAAUCUGCCACGAUGUGAACCCAAACCACUAAACUUUGAGAAUGAUAUGGAGCGGAUCCUUGAAAUCGACCAUCUCGACAAACAGUUGAUCGAUUGUUACUUCAAUCACUUUAAUUACUAUCUGCCGGUUUUGAAUCGAAAAGCCUUCAUGAACGACGUGAUAGAUCCAUUACGGCGCAAGGACAUUAAAGUCCAGAAAUUAUUGGCCUGUGUUCUCGCAACUGGCUUCGCUUUUAGACGCGAGAUUGGUGAUCCGAAUGUGAUCGACCAGAUAGACCCUCACUAUGGUGAAACCAUGUCUCGCAAGUUCCAUCAUUUCAAUGCUCAGGGCGCAUUCACCUCUUCGAUCGAGAAUUGUCAGUGCUAUUUAAUCCUUACUGGAUAUUACUCUUCCACUGUAAACUAUGACGCUGUCCACAACUUGGUUGCACUGGCCCACUCUAUCUCUGUUAGUCUAGGCCUUAGCCACAACAGGGGCCUUUAUUAUCAGAUGCUUCAAACAGGUAAAGAAUACACUACAGAAACGAUUGAGAGAGGCCAUCGGACCUUUUGGUGUGUCGUGAUCGUUUGCUCUGGCUAUUCUCUCAAUCACCAAUCGCCUUUGAUCACAUCCAACGACUACGAUAUCGCUUUCCCAAAGCCACUGCCCUCAGACCGGCACCGCGAUUUCUUUGGCGUACCGCAUGAUGACUUCGAAGGCAUCAAACAUCUUGAGCAUUUCGUUCCAUUGUUCGAAAUUAUGGCAAAGAUAGCCGAUAUCUCCUGCAUAGCCACACGGCAACGCCCCAAGGCUAAAGUGGACGAAAUGCGAGCCUUGCUGGUGGAAUGGCGAACAAAGCUACCGGAAGAGCUUCGUAUCACUCCUACAGACAUGGCAGCAAUCAAGAGACAAUCAAGGUUUUCAAAGUUUUACCAUGCCGGCAGCUACAUGUUUGAGAUUGCUUUGCAUCAUACCUUUCAGUUACACGACUCUCAUAAGGAGGAGGGUAUUCAUAUUAUGUGGAGUGAAUAUUGCUACGAUGCUGCACUCGCCAUCAAAAAUAUUUAUUCGACACGGCCAAUGUCACGGAUGAAUGCACAUGUCAUUCUUCCUGUUGCUGCAGGGGCGUUUGCGAUCGUGGUAACGAACAUGGUUACAGGGAAGGAAGAGAGUGCACAACGGCACUGUGAUGAAACCAAAGAAAUGCUCGCCCAGAUCCUAAGCGAAUCCCCUAGUAUAGAUCGUGGUAGUCAAAUCAAGCUUGCGACUGAUAAAUAUACUAGCAUCACUAGGAACGCAGAGGGGAGCGUUGCCUCAUUUGUUCUUACAGUGCCAAAAUCGCCCACAUGGAAUGAGCAAUCGCCAACACGUACCUCUAGCAGCUCUUUCACUCAGACAACUGAAGGCACAGCCGUCAGCUCAGAGGAUGGCGAAGAAUCAAGUGAUCUGGAUGAGGAUGAAAGCAGGAUGUCAGGAGGCUAUUUUCCCGUGCAGCAACAUCAACUUAAGCAGACUUCAUCUGGUCGGCCACAUCCCAGCAUGAUUGGGACCUCGCGUGCUCAAUCAAAUCCUCCAGCUUAUCCAACAACGGGGCAACAACAACAACAGCAACAACAGCAACAACAACGUCCUGUAGUCGAAACAACUUGUCUACCACCGGCAUACAAUAGUAAUAAUAUCGAUACAGUACCAAGCUCAUUACAGAGCCCUGUGUCUGCUGGAUCAUACACAAGCGUUAUGUCACCAAGUUUCCCGAAGCAGCCUUAUGAUAGAGAUGGUACCAACAACAGUAAUGGGUAUGUUUACCCCACUCGGCCGUCGCUACAACACCGCGGAUCAAACCCUCCGCAACCUCAUCCUCAUCACAACUAUCAACAGUCCAUCAAUCAUUUCAAUGACCCAUUCUCAAGCCAUGGUGCCAAAACAACAGCAGAUAAUGGGUUUGCAAGUAGCCAUAGUAACCAAGAAUUUGAUCAAGAUACUUACUUUCCUCAACGCUAUUAUUCAAGCACAGGUCGGCAGUUACAGCCACAGCAACAAUCUUUUAUGGGUAUCUCUGGCUAUUCGAUAGAUGGUACUGCUAUUCAUAGUGACGGAUCCGGACCCAAUGACGACUCCAGUUCAUUUAUAAAUCACCCCCAGGGUAUGGAUGGUGGACUUGUAAGCUCACUUCCAAAUGAUUUAUCUGCAGGUCAAAAUCCAUGGCCACAACAGCAACAGCAGCAACAGAUGACUCUUACCCCACCAGCAACAGUAGGAGCAACAGUAGGAGCAACAGUAGGAGCAACAGCAACAGCAUUGCUAUCGCCUCCAGCUAUUGUGGCUGGUAGCAAUAAUGGUCAUGACAGGUUCACAGCGGACGAUUGUGGUCAUCAAGAAAACCAUGACCCACAUAUUCUUCAUCAGCAGGAUCAUUACCAAAAUCAACAUCAACAUCAAUAUCCACAGUAUACACAACACCCACAUUUGCAAACACAUUUACAUCAAUAUCCACAUCUACAUCAACAGCAGCAGCAACAGCAACAGCAACAGCAGCAGCAGCAGCAACCACACCAACGUCACUGUUACCCACAAUCCAAUUUUCUAGGAGGCAUCAAUCAAUCUACGCUUUUGAAUGGUCCCGAAUCAAAUUCAAUAUAUACAGCGUUCGGAUUAGGAUGGUCCGAUUCACUGUUAGCUUCCGCAAUGACAAUGGAACAAGAUGGAGAUUUCAUGAGUAUAAUUGCUAAUGGAGCAGAGCUCGAUACACAGGCAUUCUCGGUUCAUUCUAGCAAAAGCACUUCAAACCAAGAGCAACAUCAAUCGCCACCAACACAGAUGGCACCACUAAAUGAAUUGACAUUUUCAGCUUCUUCGUUUAAUAUGCUUCAGACAUAGUUUUUUUUAAAAAA